GUAACGUUCCUUGCCGAAGAGGUCAAAACAAACCCGGUGAUUGAAAGACAGUCAGCGCGUGUGGAGAGCACAGCACCCCUGAUGGCUGGUCGACUCCUUAAAGUCUCCUCUCUGGCCACAGCAGUGUUCGCCUCCUCUGGGUUUUACUUCUACACCAAACAGCUGGACCUCAAUGACCUCAGUGUGAUCCGCUUCGGAAGAGCCGCGGCUACUACGGCGGUUAUCAGCUAUGACUACCUGUCUGCUUUCAAACAUGUGGAGUACAACACGGAGGAGUACUGGGCACUCAAGUCAAAGGUGCAUCGUCGGUCGGCGGAGCGUCUUCGAGACUUGUGCUGUGCAAACCGGGGGACUUUCAUCAAGGUGGGCCAGCACCUGGGAGCUCUGGACUACCUGCUUCCAGAGGAGUACACGUCCACCCUGAAGGUGCUGCACAGCCGAGCUCCUCAGAGCAGCAUGGAGGAGAUCCAGCAGGUCAUCAAGGAAGACCUCGGCAAGGAGCUGUCAGAGUUAUUUGUCUCCUUUGAGGAGCAGCCUCAGGGUGCAGCCUCCUUAGCUCAGGUCCACAAGGCAGUGUUGCAUGAUGGGAGGACCGUGGCUGUCAAGGUCCAACACCCUAAAGUCCAGAGACAGAGCUCCAAGGACAUCAUGGUGAUCGAGGUGUUACUGCGAGCGGUCCAUUGGCUGUUCCCCGACUUCGCCUUCAUGUGGUUGGUGGAGGAGGCCAAGAAGAACAUGCCGCUGGAGCUCGACUUCCUCAACGAGGGGCACAACGCCGAGCGGGUGGCCAAAAUGCUGGGACACUUCCCCUUCCUCAAGGUUCCCAUGAUCCACUGGCAUCUGUCCACAAAGAGGAUCCUGACCAUGGAGUUUGGAGGGGGUCAGGUCAACGACAGAGACUACAUGAACACCGGCAUCAAUGUCAACGAGAUCUCAGAGAACCUGGGUAAGAUGUACAGUGAAAUGAUCUUCGUGCACGGCUUUGUUCACUGCGACCCUCAUCCGGGCAACGUGUUGGUCCGAAAAUGCCCCCAGAGCCAGAAGACGGAGAUUGUCCUGCUCGAUCACGGCCUCUAUCAGGUCCUGCAGCCUGACUUCAGGUUGGACUACUGCAGACUGUGGCAGGCUCUGAUUAAAGGAGACAUGCCCGGUGUGGAGCGCUACAGCCGCAGACUGGGAGCUGGAGAGCUGUACCCGCUGUUCGCCUGCGUCCUCACCGCCCGAUCCUGGACCGCCGUCAACGCUGGCAUCAGUUCUGUGCCUGUCACACACUCUGAGGACGUUGAGAUCCGGACCAAUGCGGCUCAGUAUUUACCUCAGAUCAGCGAUCUGUUGAACAGAGUGCCCCGGCAGAUGCUGCUGCUUCUGAAGACCAACGACCUGCUGAGGGGCAUCGAGACCACCUUACAGACCAGGGCCUCCUCCUCCUCCUUCAUCAACAUGUCUCGCUGCUGUAUACGCGCCAUGGCCAGACACAAGAGGAGUAAGGCUCGGUCCAGAAGGAGGCGCCUGCAGAUCACGCUGUCCGAGUCCCUGAACUUGUGGAAACUCGGCGUGUAUGAACUGUUUCUGAGGGUGAAAGGCUCCAUGUUGGUCCACUGGCUCUCCGUUCUGCUGACGUUUCUGCAUUGAGACACAUCAGGACUUCACAUCAGGACAGAAACGACACUCUGCAGCUGCUGAGGGGUCUGGAGGGUUUGUACACAACAAUGUUACACAAAUAAAAUACAGUAUGUGCUCUUCAGUACAACCUCAACCCACACACUCACACUCAUAAACCAUUUGCACCUGUAUAAAUGACACUUCCACAACCCUCUGGAUUCACACAGAGACACAAACAUGCGGAUGUCUGUAGAGACCUGAUGUAGCCGUGGCUGUUGAUCAUUUUUCGACCUGUUACCUCAAGAUCACAGACUUUCAGAUCUGUAAACCAUUUCCUUUAAGUCACUAACUAAUACAAGCAGACAUACAGGAGAGGAAAGAGGCCACAUGUGGAAGAAACAUUUGAGUUCUGAGUUCAGACACAUCAUCAGAUUUCUCCCUUGGUUUUUCUUCUUCUGCAAAAAAUGUAUUCUGCCAAAUUAGUAUGUAAUCAAAGGAAGUGGACAUGCAUCUAAACAUUUAACAUACUCUGUUUCCCUGUGGUAACGAAAUAAGUUUCAGGUGUUUUCUCAAGAUCUUGACUUAUUUAUCUCGUUUCCCCGGACAUGCAGAAUCAGAAAACUAACAUAGAAAUAGGCUUAACUUCCUCAUUAGUGUGGGCAAUGUCCAAUGACAUCCGGACAAUCCUGUUAUCACGGGGAAACAAGCUUUGUUAUCCUGAGAUAAUGAGAUACAUUAACCUGUUAUAAAAGCUAAAGAAGCUGUUUUAUCCUGAGAUGAUGAGACAGUAAGUCAAGGUCUCCAUUUAGUCCACUAAAUCAAAUGUCUGGAUGUAUGUCCCCUUAGGGCCUCCGUAGAUUUCUUGCACCAAAGUGUGACUUUUUUUUAGCUUUCCUUUUUCCCUUUUAAAAUAAAUAAAUCAGAAUAUUCACUUUGAUUUUACGGGAACAUUUUAUUCAUUGUUAUGCACAUAAACUCCUUUUUUAGGAAUCGUGUUAUUUUGUCAGAGUAAAAAAAAUCAGAACUCAAUUUGUUCACAUAGCCUUCUUCUUGUUCUGUAUAUAACUGUGUUUGAACUCUCAAUGAACCUUAAGGCCCAUUUAGUUAUUAAAUGAUAUUAAAUGAUAAUAUUGUUACUAUGGAUACCAAGCUUUCGUUAAAUGAUCAGUUUUUAUUUCUCAGAUUCUGAGCUUCAGAAGUCAGACGUGAUGUUGAGAUAACAGGGCGUCAUUCACAUUACCUUGUGCAACUUUUAAAACAUGAUUAUAUUCUGAUGAUACUUGACAGUGAUGUAUCGUUACACACAGACAAACCUCAUUACUUUCAAACAAUCACUCCAACAGUGAGGCGGCUGUGGAGAUUCAAACAAGCUCAUAAACAGCUGCAGAGGGAGAAAAGCAGUCGGAUUAGAAGGUAACACAGAGAGAUGGGUUAGUUUGUCAUACACAUACAAAACAAGAAUCCAACCAGGAGCAGAGUGCACUGACAUGCAUGCUACAAGUGCAGAAGGUCACAGGAAAUUCACAAAACUGCUGUGACAUCACAAACAGCAGUCUGAAUGGGGCUACUGUUUCAGCCUUGAUGAUGUUGGACAUUGGAUUCAUUCCUGCUCCUCAACAAAAUACCUCAGGCUGAAGUUUGCAUCGAGUCACAGAAGUUUCUGAUGACGCAGGAUGCACUGAAUGCUGAAAUAGUUUCUUUUCAUUGUUAUAACUAUUGUAUAAUGGUGCAUUUUGUUUACUACUUCAUUGAUACUGUAAAGCCCCGUUUCCACCCAGCAGUCCAGUUUGGUUCAGUACAGUUUUGGUACGGUAAACUCUAAACUUGCUUGUGUUUCCACAGCCAACCCUUAUUUGGUAAGCCAGAUGGAGGUCAGCUAUAUAAUAGUGUGACAUCAUAGCAGCCCAACACAGUGCAGCCCGCUAUUAAUUAAGUUAAACAUUCAAGAAGAACGGGACACAGUAAAUGAAAGGGACCCUUUAGGGACAGAUUGGUACCCUUGGCACCCCAACAGAAGGGCACCAAGAAAGUAGGAUGGUAUGGAUCCCUUACUUUGGCACCAUUCCCAACUUCCCAAAAUAGGUACAGCACCAGACCAAACUGAACCGGACCGCUUGGUGGAAACAGGGCGUAACUCUUAAGUCAGAUACCGUGCAGCCAUUCCACAAUCACACCAGUUGUUACUGUCAGUGUCAUAAAAUGUAGAUUAGGGUUUUCUGGCACAACUUCACAAACUACCAAGGUGCAUGGAGAGAGGAAGGCUCUAAGAGGUCAGAAAGGUCCAGCAGCACUUCUUGUAGUAUGAAGAUCGACUUGAUUAACUUUAUUAGACCGACAUGUUUUGGCUUGUGGCCUUCAUCAGGGUCACAAGAAAUACUGAAGUCUUUUCCCUCUAAUCAGAAAUUGGGUUUUUCCUCCAGCUUUUUAAAGAAACCUGGCAGCUUGUUUCACUCCAGCCCCAAAAAUGUAACACAACUGAUGAUGUGCCUCUGCAAAAAAAACUCCUAAUCUUUGGUCUUUUUUCAAGUUUAUUUUCUGGCUUUUAAUACCUUUAUUUCAGAGACAGGACAGUAGACAGAGUCAGAAAUCAGGGAGAGAGAGAGAGUAGGGAAUGAAAUGCGGGAAAGAAG